AUGGCUCGAUCUGCAUUAGAUGAGACCUCACUAUCUGGUGCAUUUGUGAGAACUGCUUCUGUAUUCCGUAACUUCAUUUCACGGGACCCAAAUUCGCAGUUUCCAGCAGAACCUGGAAGAUAUCAUCUGUAUAUAUCAUAUGCUUGCCCUUGGGCUUCCAGGUGCCUUGCAUAUUUGAAAAUUAAAGGACUUGAGAAAGCCAUCAGCUUUACGUCAGUCAAACCCAUAUGGGAAAGAACAAAAGAAAGUGAUGAGCAUAUGGGGUGGGUUUUUCCUGCUUCUGAUACAGAGCUAGCAGGAGCUGAACCUGACCCUUUGAAUGGAGCAAAAAGUAUUAGAGAACUUUAUGAGCUUGCAAGCACCAACUAUACCGGAAAGUACACAGUUCCAGUUCUAUGGGAUAAAAGACUCAAAACAAUUGUCAGUAACGAGAGUGCAGAGAUUAUUCGCAUGUUCAAUACUGAAUUCAACAAUAUAGCAGAAAACGCAGCUUUGGACUUGUAUCCUCCUCACUUGCAAUCCCAAAUUGAUCAGAGUAAUGAAUGGAUAUAUAACAAGAUAAAUAAUGGCGUCUAUAAAUGUGGGUUUGCAAGGAAGCAAGAGCCUUAUGAUGAGGCUGUGAAACAAUUGUACGAAGCUUUAGACAAAUGCGAGGAGAUACUGAGCAAGCAACGAUACUUGUGUGGGAACACAUUGUCUGAAGCAGAUAUUCGGUUGUUUGUCACUAUUAUAAGAUUUGAUGAGGUUUAUGCAGUGCACUUCAAGUGCAACAAGAAAUUACUACGAGAGUACCCAAAUUUGUUUAACUACACCAAAGAAAUUUUCCAAGUUCCUGGGAUGAGCAGCACCGUCAACAUAGAUCACAUAAAACGACACUAUUAUGGAAGCCAUCCCUCCAUCAAUCCAUUUGGCAUAAUUCCCAGCGGACCAGAUAUCGACUUUUCUUCUCCUCACGACAGAGACAGCUCGUUUGUCGGACCAUCUGUCUUGUGCCAUUAUGUUAAACUCUUGAUUGCCAAUCUUAAGGAGUGCGUUAUCAGAUUUUACGCAAAAGCGCUAAUCGGUUAG